UGCAGAAUUAAUUUGAAUAAUGCCAAGGCUUAGGAAUUAAACCGCUUAAAGUUAUAGUUAUAGUCAAUUUGUUUCCUCCUAGUGAUAAGGUUGCACUGCCUAUUUUAAAGGAUUUUGAUAAUCAAUUAGGUACUUUAAUGUCUAUAUAGAUAUUCUUGGCAGAAAGAAAUUACCUGAAGAAGAAUUAUAACUCCACUUCUAUAUUCUCCUUUACUCUUUUUCCGGGACUCCAUAGACUCUUCGCAAAUCGCAAGAACGCUUUGAUACUUUCUUGUACAUCAUUAUGGACGAACAGCCCAAUGCAGCAGAAAAUAUGGAAAUCAAAAGUCGGGAUCACAUGCUGUUCUUCUAUGUGCGUAGGAUUAUAUGGAGAUCCAUAAUGGCUACGUUCAGCAGUGUUCUAAUAUGGUUUCUAGUGAAGUUCCAAAUAAAGGAAUUUCGGCAUUCUACAAAUCAGCAUGUCGACGUGAUAAAUGUUGCCAUGAGUUUAAUCUUCUUGUUGAUUCUCGUAGUCUUGUGUAUUUUUCUAAUAAUCCUUAUUAUUCUUGAUUGCCGAAAGAUUGUGAAACAAUUAGUGUCCGGUUGAGAGUUGAGGCUCCAGCGAGUACCAUGGCAGAAGAAAACCAUCAAACUAAAGUGUUAGAGGCUUAGAGCAAGUUUAAA